UUUUUGCGUGACUGUUAAUUGCUUGAACGUCGAUGGCGAUCUUCUGAGCUUAUUCUCUGUUACAGCCAUGGGGUUUUUAGGGUUUUUCAAGAGGUUUAAUGGCCUCCGGAGAUUUAAUGCCUCACUUCGAGCAAUACCACUUGGGUACGUUCAGAGCAGAGGCUUAUCAAAUUCCAAGCUUUUCCAUGGCGGCGAAGAAACUGCGGUUCCGGUUUUAAUUGUCGGUGCAGGACCUGUAGGCCUCGUCCUUGCUAUUCUUCUCACGAAAUUAGGGGUCAAGUGUGCAAUUUUGGAGAAGAACACAAGUUUUUCUAAUCAUCCGCAAGCUCACUUCAUAAAUAACAGAUCAAUGGAGGUAUUUCGAAAAUUGGAUGGACUAGCAGAGGAGAUACAAUUAUGCCAACCGCCUGUAGAUUCAUGGAGAAAGUUCUUAUAUUGUACUUCACUGAAGGGUACAAUUCUCGGAUCUGUGGACCAUAUGCAACCUCAAGAUUUUGAGCACAUUAUCAGCCCGGUUUCUGUUGCACAUUUCUCCCAAUACAAAUUAAACAGGUUACUACUUAAGCAACUUCAGAAUCUUGGGUUUCAAGUCUGUUCACCAGAUAGCUCGGAGGGCCCCUGUAUAGUUAGAGAAAAGCAAAUACUUAUGGGGCAUGAGUGUGUUUCUAUUGGUGUCACUGAUGACGCUGUGACCAUGACUGCAUCUUAUCUCAAGGAAGGGAAGCAUAUCGAGAGGAGGAAUAUAUGCAGUAAUAUCCUUGUUGGUGCAGACGGUGCUGGAAGUACUGUCCGGAGGCUUGUAGGCAUAGAAAUGAAGGGUGAAAAAAACUUACAAAAGCUUGUAAGCAUCCAUUUUUUUAGUAGAGAGCUUGGUGAAUAUCUGCUAACUGAGAGGCCUGGUAUGCUAUAUUUCAUCUUUAACAUUGAAGCUAUAGGGGUUCUUGUUGCUCAUGAUCUCAAGCAAGGGGAAUUCAUAUUGCAGGUACCAUUCUAUCCUCCUCAACAGAACAUUGAAGAUUUCUGUCCUAAGAUGUGUGAGGAGAUUAUCUUCAAUUUGGUUGGUCUAAACCUCUGUGACGUAGACGUGCAAGAUGUAAAACCUUGGAUUAUGCAUGCUGAAGUCGCUGAGAAGUUCAUAGCCUGUCAAAAUCGUGUAUUACUUGCUGGUGAUGCUGCUCAUCGAUUUCCUCCAGCUGGUGGUUUUGGAAUGAAUACUGGAAUUCAAGACGUUCAUAAUCUUGCCUGGAAAUUAGCUGCAGUGCUGCAGGAUAUUGCAUCACCUUCAAUAUUGAAUACUUAUGAAAUGGAGAGGAAGCCGAUAGCACUACUCAAUACAGCCCUUAGCGUUAAGAACUUCAAAGCAGCCAUGGAAGUACCUGCGGCUCUAGGUCUGGAUCCAAAAAUUGCAAACUCUGUGCACCAAGCAGUUAACCAUGGCCUUGGUUCUGUUUUAUCAUCCUCACUACAGAGAACAGUUCUGGAUGGAAUUUUUAAGAUAGGUCGUUUGCAGCUCUCAGAUACUCUUCUGAAUGAAAAAAACCCGGUUGGAUCUUCAAGGCUUGCAAAACUAAGUCACAUAUUUGAUGAAGGGAAGAGCCUUCAACUUCAGUUCCCUGCAGAGGAUCUUGGUUUCAGGUACUCUGAAGGGGCACUUAUUCCGGACAAUAAUCAACUUGGUGGUCGAGAAGAGCCUACAGGUCGUCGGAGAAGGUACAUCCCUUCUGCAGACCCAGGAUCAAAGCUGCCUCAUAUGAAUGUGAGGGCAUUGGCCAGUAUGGAGGUGAUUUCUACUCUUGAUCUUGUAUCCGGAGAUAAAGUCGAAUUCCUUCUCAUAAUAGCACCACUACCGGAGUUUUACCGUCUUGCUCGUGCAGCUCUCAUGGUAGCAGAGGAAUUCAAAACUUCUGUUAGGGUAUGCAUUUUAUGGUCUGCUGAUAUAACCAGGAUUGAAUCAAGCAGCAAGGAAGAACUAGCACCAUGGGAGAACUACAUUGAUGUUCAAGAAAUUCGGCAACCAUCCACUUCAACAGCAUCAUGGUGGGAUGUCUGUCAGAUGACUGACAAGGGAGCGAUCCUAGUUCGGCCCGACGAGCAUGUUGCUUGGAGGGUGAAGUCUGGUGUUUCUGGUGAUCCAAACACAGAACUGAGAAGAGUUUUUACUUCUCUGUUGAAGUGAUGAUUUUCUAUUCUUAUGAGGCAUUACUUUGUUGUCUCUCACAACGUGAUUGGUUUUAAGUCUAUAUAGGAAGUGCAGUAUUACUUGCCAUUGGCGAAUAAUUUUAUUGGGAACUUGGGGCACAUUACAGAACGAAAUGUACUUCCAGAGGAAUUCAACAUUA